GCAGAAUUAAGUUGGGUUAGAAUAAAUUUGACAUUGUGAGGUUAACCAGUAAAUACAAUUUUAAUCGUUUUAUUUCGGCAAUGUCUGUAAUAAAUACAGUAAGUAAAAGUAUAUGCAACAUAGUUCAAUCGUUGUCCCCACAAAUAACGGCCGUGAGAUACAGAUACUUUGCGGAAAAAGUUGCCAAGGGUCCUUUGGUUCGUAGACAUGGAUACAAUGAUAGCAUUAUGCCCAGAGGAUUAUUGCCGAGGAUAAAGGAUGCAGAAAAGCUCCCAAUGCCAACAUACAAACCUAAAAACUCUUGGUCUGAGAAACGAGCCUUGUUUGGUCAAAACGACUAUAUCGACAUACUAGGCAAUGAAAGAAUUCAUCCUACGAGGAUAUUGUACAAUAUGCCGCCUUGGUUGAGGGGUGUGGGAGGUAACGAGUUUCAAGUGAUGAUAAGGAAGAAGAAGAUGCUCGGGAAAACUGCGUAUCCCUUGGCUAGGCCAACAAAAUGGAAUCAAUUGGAAAAAAGAAUACAGUGGCUUUAUAGGUAUUUAAAUAGGAAAACUAAAACUGGCAUGGCCAAAUAGUUUGUUAAUAAUUAUUUGUUGUAAUAUAGGUAUCAAAAAUUAAUAUUCAUUGUUUCUGUAUUUCCUUUUAA